AUGCGUACCGCAGUUGUUCAGCAUGGUCUCAUUCACAACGAUCCAGAUGUGGAUCCCAUCUUCAGGUUACUUCACGCGGAGAAGAAGACCAGUACUGAUGAAGAAUUCAACGUCAUGGCUCCAACAGUAGUCCUAGGGAAAGGCACGUAUUCACCAUGGAAUUCUCAGAAUACUCUGUUUAGUAGACGAGCGUUUUUCACUCUAUAUCUUCCCAUCACAGCACCAUCUUCGUGGGUGGCCGACUUGAUUAGAUCGUAUUUUGCUCAGAAGUUACUGCACAUGAUCGACGAGAAUGUCGCAUUUUAUCCUCCAAAUGUCAGGAGAACCACGAAAUCGCACGAUCUUCUUGCUGAAUUUGAAGGUCAAAGAGAUGCUUUUUUGAAGUCUGAAGAAAUAAUCAAGUUUCUUGAUUCGUGGGAAUGUAUACAUAAAGAAAUAUCUACGUGCACUGUGCUUCUUGCCGUAGAAUUCAGCAAGAAAGGUUUCUGGGGAUCUGCAGAUGCGGAAAUGAUAAGAAAAUGGAUCGAUCACCUUCGCAGUAUCGGAUAUCAGUUCCCUCGUAAAUCUAACCACAUAAAAUAUAUUCCACGUGAAGAUAUACGAGGAGCGAAUUGUCGACGGGCAAAUGUGGAGUUUGAAGCUGACGGAUUCGAUGAACAAAAAUCAGCAGAUAAACUUAGGAUGUUUGCAAAUAUCGAUGACUGGUGCACAAAAACCGGUGAAAACUACACAGAAUUUCGACAGAAAUUUCCAUCACCAUCGAAGCUCACAUUAUUACAUGCUAACAAUGUUGUCCUUAGAAAUCUACGAAAGAGUGUACUCGUCAUCACCAACAAUUACCCAUGGAAUCACACAAUUGGAUUGCUUCAGAGACUAUACCAGCCGUUUUUUGCAUUAACAAUUUUCUGCGGUUCAUGGUUCCCUGAGAAAUAUCAUAAUGAGCGGAGGUAUGUUCUCUGGCAGUCUUCCAAGCUGAGUUCAACACCUCCGACAUUCCCAGUUUUUGGGAUCGGAAACCUAGCUAAGAGUAAACCACUGCCAAGAUUCAGCACAGUAUUGGCAAAAUGUCGCAAGGUCUGCAUAGUUUGUCGAAAUGUCUGCUUGGCACUACAGCAGAUACACUGUCUCAGUACCCCGGAAGACCUGCCGUCCCAAUCGUCGGACGGUAUGGCGACCAGUAAGAGUCAAAUCAAAUCUCAGGUUGCUCAGCACGUCUUCAACUCUGGACCAAGACGACACGUGCACGAAUCUCCAUGGAGGCUUUCUCAGAUUUGCACUUACAAAGUGCCCAAAGACGUUGACCUACAUGCCCUCCUUAAAGGUACAGAGGAUAUCAAACUUCACGUGAUUCCUCUGCAAGAGAGCAGUAGCAGAAGGAGCGACGCGCGACAAGUGGUUGGUGGUACGGCAGUCAUUGGCGAAGAGAAAGUUUAG